AAAUGACAGGAUGUGACGCAACGUAACGUCACUUCCUCGAUGCAAGAAAGUCGCACGUGUUAAGCUAAUGUCUGUUUACAGUGUUUAGACAAUCUAAACUUUUAUCUCCACUGGAAUAUAAAGUUUAUUUGUCACGCACUAAAUAAACAACAAUGCCGAAAGUGAAAAAAAACAAACGCGGAGUCGAAAAGAGAGGGGAGACGGACACGCUAGUUGACCAGAUCCUACAGGCGGACACUAUCCGAGCUAAAGACCGAGUGAAGAGCAGGGACGAUCGGAUCGAAACCGAAGACACCUACGUGGACGAACGCUUGUCGCGGAAGAUCUUGCAACAAGCCAGAAUUCAACAGGAGGAACUUCAGAAUGAAUAUAGCCUCGCACCAGAGAAGAAAAAAGCACCCGUUACAGUUCUCGGUUCCACGUCCCAGGAUGCAGAUGCAGAUUCGGAUGAAGAAUGGCCGGCACUGGGAUCUGCUGGUGAUGGAGACAUGGUCGACACUGAAGUCGUGGUCGACCCCGACGAUGAGAAAGCCAUCGAGAUGUUCAUGAAUAAGAAUCCCCCGAUGAGACGAACCCUAGCGGAUAUUAUUAUGGAAAAGAUUACAGAGAAGCAAACCGAAGUCGGGACGGUGAUGUCGGAAGUGUCCGGUUGUCCAAUCCAACACCUUGACCCAAGAGUUGUAGAAGUCUACUCUGGUGUCAGAAAGGUCCUGUCCAAAUAUCGAAGCGGGAAGCUGCCAAAGGCUUUCAAAAUCAUACCAGCACUUUCAAACUGGGAACAGAUCCUUUAUUUGACUGAGCCUGAGACGUGGACUGCAGCUGCAAUGUAUCAAGCCACGAGGAUCUUCUCGUCCAAUCUGAAAGAGCGAAUGGCUCAGAGAUUUUACAACUUGGUGUUGCUGCCCAGGAUUCGGGAUGACAUUGCAGAGUACAAGAGGCUCAACUUCCACCUCUACAGCGCUCUGAAGAAGGCCUUGUUUAAACCAGGAGCGUGGUUUAAAGGUAUACUGAUACCGCUGUGUGAAUCAGGGACAUGCACCCUCAGAGAGGCCAUCAUCAUCGGAAGCAUCCUCACAAAGUGUUCCAUCCCUGUGCUCCACUCCAGCGCCACGAUGCUCAAGUUGGCAGAGAUGGACUACAACGGCGCCAACAGCAUUUUCCUGCGUCUGUUGCUCGACAAGAAAUACGCCCUGCCUUUCCGUGUCCUCGAUGCCCUGGUGGCUCACUUCCUGUCCUUCCGCAGCGAAAAGCGCGAGCUUCCUGUGCUCUGGCAUCAGAGCCUGCUCGCGCUGGCACAGCGCUACAAGGCCGACCUGGCCUUGGAACAGAAGGAGGCUCUGCUGGAGCUGCUCAAGAUACAAACGCAUCCUCAGGUCUCGGCGGAGAUCCGCAGAGAACUGCAGAACUCCGAGUCGCGGGAUGUUGAAAUCGGGCUUCCUGUUACUCUUGAUAUGGACUGAGAAUUCUUUAACAUGGGGGACAUGUUAACGCUUAAAAUCACCAUAAUUGUAGUUUUGGACUGACUUGUAUGUGUGUAUUUGAUUAUGAAUACAUGUUUAUGCAAGAAUCUGAAUUAAAAACAGAAUACUUAAUAACCG